CUAAGAUCGCAACACUGAAAGACAAUUGGAAAAAAAACUUCGGACUGCAUCGACGUUGUUGCGGUGUUUACUGUCGGAAAAAGCGUAAACAAGUGCAGACCAAAUGAAAUUUUAUUAAUAAAAUUACCGCAACUCGUAUGAGGACUAAAAAGGACACGUCCGAGUGCUAUCGACAAUAAAAAGUGCUUAAAGAGACUGAGCCAAAGUUCUGAAAAUCAAACGUUCUUGAAAGUGAGUGAUUUUCCAUAAAUAAACCGAUUUAAUAAACACCGGAAAGUUCAAAGCAAUCAAGUUUUCCGCACGUGAUUAAUCUGCUGGAAAAGCCAUCACAUAAAAGAUGUCCGACUUUUAUGAGCUGCUUAAUGUCGCAGCCAAUGCCAGUUUUGAGGAGAUCAAGUGCAACUACAAACAACUGAUACUACAAUGUCAUCCCGACAAAUUACACCAGCUAGAUGACCCAAAUCUGACUGGCGAGAGCACCCAGAACGGGGACUUUAAUGCGAUAAACGUUGCGUGGAAUACGCUCAAAGAUCCCAUUAAGCGUAAACACUACGAUGCCGAAUUACUACAGUUGAAAUUUCAGACCCACAGUAAUAUUUACGCUCAUGUUCAGCUCGAAGAAAUGCAACGGAUCCAAGUGGAAAUCGAAGACGAAGACGAUGGCGAUCCAGAACUGAAAUCAACAGACAAAGGCCAGCCGGCGACAAUGUGGAGCUAUGCGUACGAUUGUCGAUGCGGCGGUCAGUAUCUGUACGAGGGACCCGGACCCAAAGACACUGAUGAGUCACCAGCCACCUCCACCUCUCCAGCACAAAGCAGCAGCAGCGAAGUGAUUGUGGAGUGCAACGAGUGUUCUUUAGUGAUUAUUGUGAAACAGACAGGAAUGGAAAAAUAAAGACUGGGACUUUUCUAUCAGAAG